AUGUCGAAGACCUCGGCUAUGGCUACGACGAAGCGAACGAUUCUAACGGAGCCCCAGGACUGGGACCGUUGGGUUAAGGAGAUUAGAGCCCGUGUGGAUAGAACUAUCCACAAGUUGAUCUUUCGAGACGGAUCAAAUGCUCUGGAGCCCCCUAACCGACCUAGCUUCACUGACUUUGCUGAAGAAGCUACCCACUAUGUCGACCUUAACUCCAUAAAUCAGAGAGCUUAUUCUGUUGCUACUGCUGACUAUGAAAGCAGGCGUAGGGAAUACCUUUACGAGACUAAGCUAAUCACUGCAGCCCGUACAGCUAUUACGGAGUCUAUCAGCACUGCUAAACUUACCUCCCUUCGAGAGGGGGAUACGCUUCGGCAGUGGCUGCAGAAGCUGGAAGCAUCGACUGCUCCUUCACGCGGCUUUAUGACUGACCGAAUUAGGAAGCAGUAUUCUAGUCACCUUCAUGCUAGUACUAAGACUAACAUACUAGACUGGCUGACUAAGUGGGAAGAGAUUAUAGAAGAAGCUGACCUUUACUUCCUAUCUGAGGCACUAACAGGCCAGUGGCUACGAGAUAUAGCUAGCGUCAUCCGACCUCUUAGCGACGGAUACGCUACUAUCUUCUACGAAGAUAGCCGAAGAAUCGAUGAAGAAGCAGCAACUGCUCAAUAUAGGGUCUAUCAAGCUCUUCGACCAGACUCUAUAGGAAGCACGCCUACUUUGGCAGCAGUACCACCUUCUUCGACUCACUGGACCUUUCAGCUUGCUCUUCGAGACGAAGGAAUCUACUGGGAUACCUUCACAGAGCCCACAAGGCUAGUCUACCGAGACAAGAGACCGAUUUGUAUUUUAUUUCGGAAAUAUCGCCAGUUUGUUCUCGAUUUCCAGCCUAUUCAGAAGGAGGAUAUUGAAGAAGCGGUUUUUCAAGCCUCUAAGCCGAGAAGAAGAGGCUCCCGGGACCCAAGACCGACAGCGACAGCAGAAGCUAGCCUUUGGCAUGCCAGACUAGGUCACCCGGGACCCCUAGCUCUUUAUAAGCUAGGAUUACGAAAAGGAGUGCAUAUUCGAGGCCCAAAAACCUACGAAUGCCAGCACUGUGCUCAAGGGAGGGCAAUACGACAGGUUUCUCGAAGAACCCCUAUUCGAGACGAACGUCAAGAGCCCUGCCAAGAGAUUUGGAUCGACUGGACCGAGCUUACCCCUGAUUUCGAGGGCUAUGUCCGUGUGAUGUUCAUCACAGACGCAUAUUCGGGCAUGGUUUUCCCCUACUUCCUUAAGACUUAUCAUUCAAAGCACCACCUAGCCGCACUUCGAGAUUUCGUUAGCUGGAUGAAGCUUCGUUUUGACUACACGGUGAAAAUUGUACGGUCUGACGGAGAGCUAUUCACUAAUAAGAUUAAGAAGUGGCUACGAAAGAAGGGAAUUUCAGCAGAAAAAUCAGCCUCGAAUACACAAGCCCAAAACGGAGGGGCAGAACGGUCCGGUGGAAUUGUUAUUGAAAGGGCUCGCAAGAUGAGGAUCGCAGCAGGCCUUCCUCACGACCUUUGGAAAGAGACCGUGGAAGCAUCCUGCUAUCUACGGAAUCGAACCCCUCGAGCCCCUAGGACUACGAAUUCAACUCCGAAUUCGUCAGAAGACUGGAAAACACCUCUUGAGCUCUUUACGAAGAAGGAUCAACCUCAACAGCAUGCCCAGCUCAAGGCCUACGGCUGUAGGGCCUACGCUAUGACUUCUAACGCACAGCUAGGCAAGAAAAAGAGGCAGAAGCUUGAUCCACGGUCACAUAUAGGAUACCUGGUUGGAUAUAAUUCGACUAAUAUCUUCCGGAUCUGGAUUCCGCAACGAAGAAAGGUUAUUUCGACAAGGGAUGUUAUUUUUGACGAAUUUACCUAUUUUGAUGGGAAAUUCGAGCAGCCGCAGCUGCUUCCUAGCAUCAAUGAUCUUAUUCAACGCGUUGAGAUACCGGAGGACCAGAAAAUCAACCAGGAAAUCCUUGACGAAGAAUCGGAGCUUGAGAGCGUGUUCGACGAAGACUCAGACGAGGAAGACGAAGAGGAACAGACCGACCCAGACGAAGAAGACUAUAAGAGGGUUAAGGCGCUUGAAGAAGCUUCUCUUAUAACACCUCCACUGACAGAAGAAGAUCCUGAGGCAGGCUUCUUGGUCUCUCUUCCGGUUGCUACCCUAAGGGGUGGGGCGGUUUGA